AAUGUGGAGCUAUUGAUUUCUAUAGCCCCUAUAGUUGAGGGCAAGCGCUCUACACAAUAACGAUGUAGAUAUAGUUUGGAUGUUUGGGAAUAACUUGCCAGUCGCAUCACAACAUGGAAAUUGCACUGUGUCUGCUUUACAUUGUUGUAUUAGGACAUGGAUCAGACACAAAUAUUGCUUUAUACAAGACAGCGCGUCAGUCGACUACUGCCGUAGGUGGUUUCGCCUCUAGGGCGGUUGAUGGGGACACAAACUCAGAUUAUAUGCAUAGCAGCUGUAUGCACACGAAUGACGGAUACGGCCAAUGGUGGGAAGUGGAUCUGUUCGGAUUCUACGAGAUAGAGCGAGUGGUCGUGUUCAACAGAGUGGAUUGUUGUUCUGACAGAUUAAAGAAUUUCACCAUCAAAGUGUUUGUGAACGACCCACUUAAGUUCGUGAACGAGAAACCACUUUUGUGUGGCAAACAUCCUGGAGUAGUUGGUAUCUCUGUCACUAUCAACUGCCCGACUGGUGUACGGGGACGUUUUCUCAGGAUAACUAACUACAAAAUGGGCAACCCUCUCUGCAUGUGUGAAGUACAAGUGUACGGAGAUGCAGCACCUAAAUCAAGUAUGUGA